GAGGGGUAUGUGCUUGAGUUCUUGUAACGGGACGGUAAAGUCAGAUAGUACCAAGUCUUCUGUAUACACUGGACAACAUGGCCAAACGAGUUGCGAUUGUGGGCGCUGGGGUCACUGGCCUGGCUUCCAUCAAGUGCUGUCUGGAGGAAGGGCUAAAGCCCACCUGCUUCGAGAGGAGUGAUGACCUUGGCGGGCUGUGGAGAUUCACCGAACAUGUUGAAGAAGGCAGAGCCAGCCUCUACAAGUCUGUGGUUUCCAACAGCUGCAAGGAGAUGUCUUGUUACCCGGACUUUCCAUUCCCAGAAGAUUAUCCAAACUAUUUGCCAAAUUCUCUACUCCUGGAUUAUCUCAAAAUGUAUGCAAACCGGUUCAACCUCCUGGAAUGCAUUCAAUUCAAGACAAAAGUCUGCAGUGUGAGAAAAUGCCCAGAUUUUACUGCCACAGGCCAAUGGGAGGUAGUCACUCUGUACGAAGGGAAGCAAGAGUCAGCCAUCUUUGAUGCUGUCAUGGUCUGCACUGGGUUUUUUACUAAUCCGUAUUUACCACUGGACUCCUUUCCAGGUAUAAAUACUUUUAAAGGCCAGUAUUUCCACAGCCGAGAGUAUAAACAUCCAGAUAUAUUUAGGGACAAGAGCGUUCUUGUUAUUGGAAUGGGAAAUUCUGGCACAGACAUUGCUGUGGAGGCCAGCCACCUGGCAAAGAAGGUGUUCCUCAGCACCACCAGAGGGGCAUGGGUGAUCAGCCGUGUCUUUGACUCAGGGUACCCAUGGGACAUGGUUUUCAUGACACGAUUUCAGAAUACAUUCAGAAAUUCUCUUCCAACUCCUAUUGUGAAUUGGUUGAUAGCAAGAAGGAUGAACAGCUGGUUCAAUCAUGCAAAUUACGGCUUAAUACCAGAAGACAGGGUACAGCUAAGAGAGCCUGUGCUAAAUGACGAGCUCCCAGGCCGUAUCAUCACUGGGAAAGUACUCAUCAAGCCAAGAAUUAAGGAAGUGAAGGAAAACUCUGUCGUAUUUAGCAACACCCCAAAGGAAGAGCCCAUCGAUAUCAUUGUUUUUGCCACUGGAUACACUUUUGCUUUCCCCUUCCUUGACGAGACUGUAGUGAAAGUCGAAGAUGGCCAGGCAUCGCUAUACAAGUACAUCUUUCCUGCACAUCUGCCAAAGCCAACCCUGGCUGUCAUUGGUCUCAUCAAACCCUUGGGCUCCUUACUACCCACAGGGGAUACGCAAGCUCGAUGGGCUGUUCGGGUCCUGAAAGGUGUGAUUAAGUUACCACCAUCAAGCAUAAUGAUCGAGGAAGUUAAUGAAAGGAAAAAAAACAAGCCCAGUGGGUUUGGCUUGUAUUACUGCAAAGCUUUGGAAACCGAUUAUAUCACAUAUGUAGAUGAACUCCUGACCGCUAUCAAUGCAAAGCCCAACUUGUUCUCUCUGCUCCUGACGGAUCCACGCCUGGCUUUGGCCAUCUUCUUUGGCCCAUGCACACCAUACCAGUUCCGUUUGACUGGUCCAGGGAAAUGGGAAGGAGCCCGAAAUGCUAUCAUGACCCAGUGGGACCGAACAUUCAAGGCCACCAAAACUCGAAUUGUACAAGAAUCCCCAUCUCUCUUUGCAAGCUUACUUAAACUCUUCAGCUUUCUAGCUUUGCUUGUGGCCAUUUUCCUGAUUUUCCUAUAAAUAAAAAAUUACCUAAAUAAACUAUCAAAUGCACAGAGUAGAUGGACAGCAAUCUGGUUCCCCCACUGCAACAGCUUUGCCUUCAUGACUAUAAUAUAUAUCUGAGCAAUGAAAGCCACCCCUUCCCCUUCCCUGGCUGGCUCGAGGGCCCACUAGUAUUCCUGAGUGUCUCCCAGCUCCACCUGCUUCUAACGCUAUAGAAAGAUAACCAAGAUUUCUGUGCAUUUGAAGGAUGCUGGAAGGUUCAAGGUUCAUUUUAGAGGAGAGAACUGCCUCAGACACCACUCUGAGCAAUUAGACCUCUUUCCUAUGUUCAUAGAUCUCAGUUAAAACUCAGUAUUUCAUGAAAGAAAUACUAAAUGGUUGUACUAAAAUGGCACGCUUAUGGUAUCAG